AUGGCGGCUUUUCAUGUUUCUGUAGCUCGACCCAUCGCUCGUCUGUACGCGAAUUGGGCGCUUGGAAACCUCCGGCAGGUGGUAACAGAAGCCGACAACGUCACAAGUCUUAGCCGAAGUGAGGAGAUACGCAUCUACAGGGCAAUCUACCGCUUCGAGACAUAUUGCCAUUUAUUCGGUCGAAACAAGGGUGUGCAGUCCUAUGGCUUUCGGAGUGAUAAGAUUUGUGAUACUUUCUUCGGAAGCUUUGAUCCAUGGGACGUAGAGGCGUUUGUGUCCAUCUACCUAUUCAUCAAAUCCAAGUACGACAGACUUUCAGAUGAGGUGAAGGAUGACGUUGCGGAUACCAAUCCCAAGAUUCGAUGA